AUGCAGAGACCGACGUUGACGGAGGCGAGCAUUCUCCCGUCUAAGACUGACAUCCAGCAAGGGUACGAGGAGCGGAUCAAAGCUUUCAGUGCCCCUGAGAAAGUGUUCCAACUCUUCGCCUCUGUAAAGCACGAAGGAGAGGCCUUGAUGACGCCGAGCGACUUUCUGCGGUCCUUGCACCCGAACCUCAUGCACGAAAACGCCAAGGGUAAGAAGCCGUCAGCCCGAGCAGCCAAGGCGGCACGGCGGCUGUUCCAGAUGGUGGACAUCGACUCUGACGGGCUGGUUUCGUUCCACGAGUACGUGUUCUUCAUGACUCUCAUCUCCAUCCCGGAGAACAGGUUCAGAACCAUGUUCUGCAUGUUCGACCUGGACAGGAGCGGGGAGAUCGACGAGCAGGAGUUCGCCGCCAUGAUGCGGGUGCUCAAGAGCAAAAGCCCCAUCGGGCUGGCGAGCAGGGUGGACGUGGUGUCAACGAGCAACAAGGUCAAGCAGCAAAAGAAAAAAGCUGCUGAGCUGAACAGAGACCGUUACCCUAUCCUGUUCGGGAAGCAUGGGAACAGGAAACUGACUUACCCCAAGUUUGCUCGAUACCUACUGGAUCUUCAGGAAGACAUAGCAACCCUGGAGUUUGACGGCCUUAAUCCUGAUGCUGACGACACCAUCUCCUCUAAGGACUUCGCCUUGAGCCUGGUGUCGCACGUUUACCCGAAGCAGUUCCGCGUGUACAAGGGCAAGAUCGAGGCGCUGGCUGAGAGCAGGAUCGGGUUCAAGGACUACAUGGCGUUCAACAAGAUGCUCAAGAGCGUCGAGGAGAUCUCGAGCGCGAUCGACACCUUCUCCGAGGCGAACUCAGGGAACUUUGGGAGGGAACAUCUAAUCCAUGCGUCGGUUGCCGUCUCGAAUGUUGAACUUUCGUCGGAGGUAGCAGAUGUUCUGAUGCACGUCUUCAGUGACAAGGGCAAGGGAACUUUGAACCAAGAGGAGUUCUUAACUGUAAUGAAGCUCAAGCGACACUACGGAGCGAACAGGAAGAGGCAGGUCGACGUAGGCUCUUUCUUCAAGUGCAUGAGGACAUGCACCAAGAACAACUUAACUCUCGUGUGA